UUAUUUAUAAACUACACAGCACCAAUCAUGUAACGGUGUACUACUACUCCACAGUAGAUCGUAGCUCCAGCUCUACCGCUCGGCAUUGCGAUGAGAGGCUCCUCUCAAGGGGUUAUCCACAACCCUAUUGACUAUUGACGUCAUCUCGCCACCGGAGAAGUGAUCUCUUACUAAGACUUGGUGAAAGGACAACAUUUCUCUCGAUACAUAAAGGGAGAAGAGGAGAAACUGAAUAAUACACUUAUAACUAGUAUAAACCAGAGGGGAGCUAGCAGAGCUGUGACUGGCACAGGACAGGAAUGGUGGAUCACUUGCCGAUAGGUGAGGAGACCUUCAUGUAUUACGCCAACUCUCCGGCAGACCAUCACGCAUCGGAAAUGGUGACAGACACGGGUGUCUACCAGGCGCUGUCCUCCCCGUUCUCAGAGGACGACCUGAGUGACUCGUCCAGCGCUCGCUCCUGCUCCAGCCCUGAGUCCCAGGUGCUGGGUUCCAGCUAUGGCAGCGGCAGCAGCAGUGGAGAGAGCCAGGACGGUCUCCUGGACUUCCUGCUCUCCCAGGCCACACUGAGACGUGGAGUUACUCCCUCUCUAUCCCCCUCAGUACCACCCAUCCUCCCCAUGGGUCUAGCAUGGGAGUCAAAGAGGGACCGCCUGUCUCCGACAACCAAAGAGGAGUGCUUUGAGUUUCCUGAGUUCCCAGCGGACCUGGAUGAUCACAUAGGGCUGCUGUUUCAGCCCACCCUGGAGGAGAUAGAGGAGUUCCUGGAGGAGAAUAUGGAGGUGGUGGCGUUGAAGAAUGAGGCUUGCGAGGGUGGGAUGUUGGAUGGUAACAGUCAGGUGACAGGGUCAGUGCCUGGGCUAGCGCACUCAGACCAAACAGUACCUGUUGCCGGUGCUACUGACCUCACCACAGAGACCAAACACACACCAACAUCCCCGAUAACAGACUCCAACGUUUGUAGUGGGAUUAAACAGGAAGACAGUGCUGGGACACCAGCAUCAGUAGAGGGGUCCGGUGUGUCGCCUGUCAUCCUGCAGAUUCAACCAAUCCAGAUUAAGCAAGAGCCAAUCCCAGGUGCGAUACCAACACCAGUAUCACAGCAGACCACCCAGCCCUCCUCAGACAUCAAAAUUGCCCAGCUCCUGGUCAACAUCCAGGGCCAGACUUUUGCCCUGGUGCCCCAGCUGAUGUCCCCAGCUAAUCUCAAUGGCACAUCUUCCAAAUUUGUGCGCAUCGCACCCGUACCCAUAGCCGCCAAGCCCCUGGGUCCCGGGGAGGGUGGGCUUGCAGGUGGCCAGGCUGCAGGGAUCCUGGUGGGAGGACAGAAGUUCCAGAAGAGCUCGGUAGCGGACCUUAUAAAAAUGCAUAAGUGUACUUUCCCUGGAUGUGCCAAGAUGUACACUAAGAGCAGCCACCUGAAGGCCCACCUGAGGAGGCACACGGGGGAGAAGCCCUUUGCCUGCACCUGGCCUGGCUGUGGAUGGAGGUUCUCAAGGUCAGACGAACUCUCCAGACACCGGCGCUCCCAUUCUGGAGUGAAGCCUUACCAGUGUCCUGUCUGCGAGAAGAAGUUUGCCCGCAGCGAUCACCUGUCCAAACACAUCAAAGUCCACCGCUUUCCACGAAGCAACAGGACUGUGCACUCUGCAAACUGACCCUGUUGACCCCCCACCGGUCCCCCCCCCAUCCUGCUAGACUGAGGCCUCGCCAGGGGACACACAGAGAGACAAGGAUAGGAUAUUUGUGUGAGAGAGAGAGAGAGAGUUGGAGGAAUGAAUGUGGGAGAGGGCAUGUAGCAGAGGGGACAGUGGGACUGAACGUUCAAACAACGGUUAAGAGAGAGAGUGUUUGAAUGUUUUGUAUGUGUAUGUGUGUGUUUGUGCAAGAUUGUGUGACGCACGUUGGUGGUCCUGUGAUAAUUUAUUGGGUGAUACAAAACAAAAACUCUUACUUGACAUGACAUCUUCACAGGUGUAUUACGUCUUGUAAAUAGCUUUUCUUUCAUUUUGGGGGUUUUGUCGUCAUUCAAAUUUGAAAGAUAAGAUUUGAGAAUCGAACAAAAGUUUUGUUAUGCAAUGUAUUUUUACACUGAGGUUUGAAUUAAUUGUUGUUGAUGUACCUGCCUAUAAUUAAUGCAUCAACAUUCCUUCUUCUCAUCGCCUACGAGGGUUUUAAACUUUUACUACGUAGUUCUUUAAACCAAAACAUUUCUAUUAAUACUCAAAUGUUCAUGUUGAACUACUGAUCAUUAUCAGGAUCAUGCCAUUAUAAGCUACUGGCAAAAUGCGGAGGCUGUCUCCUAUUUUCAUUACAGGAGCACUAUGAUGACUCGUGCCAGGUAAAAGGCAUGUGGAUCAGUUAACAGCUAACAGUGAACAGCCAACUGCCGUGCAACGAGGUGCAACAAAAAGGAAAUGCGCACAUUGUUUUAUGGUGCGUUGUUUAUAUGUGAACCGACUGGCCUUUAGAUCAGUACUGAAUAAUUGUAUGUUUUCUUUUUGUAUGUUUGUAUACGUUAGCUGGAGGAGAUGUUAUUUUUUAUUUAGUUGAAUGUGUGUUAUGUCCGUGACUCUUGAAGCUCAUGCUAUUUGAAUAUCAUAAUCUCAUCCACGUGUCUGGCCUUGGAACUAUGCAGUGCCUUCGGAAAGUAUUCAGACCCCCUGAUCUUUUUCCACAUUUUGUUACAUUACAGCCUUAUUCUAAAAUUGAUUAAAUAAAAAGAAAUCCUCAGAAAUCUAC